AUGGCUUCAACCACCUCAGGCACCAUUGUCCUCUACGACAUCGCUCACAAACCCCCGGUGGAGGAAUCAUGCUGCUCGCCAAACCCAUGGAAGAGCCGCUUCGCCCUCAACUUCAAGGGUGUCCCCUACUCCAUGAAAUGGGUCGGCCUGCCCGACAUCUCAAGGGUCCGUCGGGGCCUUGAGCUCCCCGCCGGUCGCAAGUUGGCCGAUGGCAGCGACUUUUACACACUUCCCAUCCUCGAGGAUCCUGCCACCGGCGUCAAGCUUGGUGACUCGUUCGACAUUGCUGUUUGGCUGCAAAAAACGCAUCCUGACUCUGGAGCUGGCGAUUUGUUCCCUGAGCAAACUCUUGACUUCAAGUUUGUGCCCCUGUUUGACUUCCCUGCGCCCUUGUCAGAGCAGUCAGAUGGUGGUUUUCCCGAGUACCUUCAUUUCAACACAAACGUCGAUACGGCCUUUAGCUCCCACGUUCCUCUGAUGGUUGAAAACAUGCCUCUGGACCCCGCUACCGCCGAGCAGAGCAAGGCCGAAUUUGUCCGCCGCUCUGGCCUCAAGUCUUGGGAUGAUUUCAUGCUAUCCCCCGAGGCGCGCACAGGAAUUCUGGCAUCUUUCAAGAACAUGCUGGGUGAUUUAGCCAAGCUGUUCACCAAGAACGCCGAUGGACCUUUCUUGCUCGGCCAGCAGGUUAGCUAUGCGGAUUUCAUCGUUGGAGCCUGGCUUCGCAUGUCGAUGAUUACUCUACCCAAGUCGGAAUGGGAGGAUGUCAAGAGCUGGCACGAUGGCGUGUUCGGGAAGCUGCACGAUGCUCUGGACAAGUACGCCGAGGUGAAGCCUGGUGUGAAGGUGUAA